GCCCGGCCCGGCCCCGCCCGCCCCUGCCGCGCCGCACCUGAGCGAGCAGCGGCGGCUCCGCGCCGGCCCCGGCCCCGGCCCCCUCCGCCGCCCGCCCAUGGCUCGGCCGCUGCCGCUGCUGCUCUGCCUGGCCGCGCUGGGCGCCGGCUGCCGGGCUGGCUCCCGCCCUGCCGGCACGGCCGGGCCCUCCGCCGAACCGCUGCAGGACGAGGCGGACAACCAGGAAAACAUCCUCUCCCAGCUGUUAGGUGACUACGACAAGGUGAAGGCGGUGUCCGAAGGCUCCGACUGUCGGUGCAAAUGCCUGGUCAGACCCCUGGGCCGUGGUGCCUGCCAAAGGAUUAAUGAAGGUGCUUUCAAAGCAGAGGACUUUUACACAGUGGAAACCAUCACAUCAGGACCCAGCUGCAAGUGUGCGUGCGUGGCCCCCCCCUCGGCACUCAACCCUUGCGAGGGGGACUUCAGGCUGAAGAAGCUGCGGGAGGCGGAGAGCAGUGACCUGAAGCUGUCGUCCAUCAUGGAGAUGCUGGAAAGUGCCUUUUAUGGCUUGGACCUUUUGAAGCUGCACUCUGUCACAACCAAGCUGGUGGGUCGGGUGGAAAAGCUCGAGGAGGGCAUGUCCAGGAACUUCACGCAGGAAGGCCACAGGGCAGGAGCCAACGUGGAGGAGGGUCUGCAGGAUGCCCACCACAGGGACAGGGAGAACUGCUCCAGUCUCCUCACCAACAGCCUUGCUGACAUUGAGAGCUCGCUGCAGCGGGACGCUGAGGCUGCCUACACCCACGCAGAGGGCAAAUAUGAAGAAAGAUUCCUGAAAGAUGAAACCAUCUCCCACCAGAUAAAUUCUGUCGAGACCCUUGUCUCUCCGGAGGAUGAGAAGCCCAAGCAGAUCUUGCAGAGGAAGCUGCACGUGAGGGGCCGGCCUCCUUCCAAGCCCACCAUCGUUCGGGGGGUCACCUACUACAAAGCCCAGUCCACCGAGUCGGAGAACGACAUCGAGGAGCCGCCGGACGAGCUGUUCAGCGGGGACAACACGGUGGACCUGCUGAUCGAGGACCAGCUCCUGAGGCCCAGUAGCCGGGUGAGUGAGGCCGUGAGGAAGCCCUCCCCCGUGGGAUGGCCGCCCACCCUCGGCAGCGACCCCACCACCCCGCCGGCUGCUGAUGCUGCGGUGACAGCCACGGUGCCCCUGUCCCCUGCCACGUCCAUGGGGCCCACGCCAGACCCCAGCGCUGUGAGCUGGCUGACCCCCACCCCAGAGACCAUGGCUGCCCUGGUGGGGCUGGUGGAGGAGGGGACCCCGCAGCUACCAGCAGCCUUGGCCAGCACAGUGGUGGCCACGGCCUCUGAGAGCCUGCCCUCAGCCACCGCUGCUGUCCCCAGCCCUGAUGAGGCUGCCACCUUAAGGGACAUGGGAACAAGCUCUGCCCCACAGAGCAGCCCAGGAGCUUGGGGACAGGCAAGCACCCCUGCGAUGCCCGUCAGCCCUACCAUCCCUGCCACCCCAAAGCAGGUCCUGGAGGAGGAGGACAUCAGGAACAUCAUUGGGCGCUGCAAGGACACACUCUCCACCAUCUCGGGGCCCACCACCCAGAACACCUAUGGGCGCAACGAGGGGGCCUGGAUGAAGGACCCUCUGGCCCAGGAGGAGCGGAUCUACGUCACCAACUACUACUACGGGAACACACUGGUGGAGUUCAGGAACCUUGACAACUUCAAGCAAGGGCGCUGGAGCAACUCCUACAAGCUGCCAUACAGCUGGAUUGGGACAGGGCACGUGGUCUACAAUGGCUCCUUCUACUACAACCGGGCCUUCACACGCAACAUCAUCAAGUACGACCUGAAGCAGCGCUACGUGGCCGCCUGGGCCAUGCUGCACGACGUGGCCUACGAGGAGUCCACCCCCUGGAGGUGGCGGGGCCACUCGGACGUGGACUUUGCGGUGGAUGAGAACGGCCUGUGGAUCAUCUACCCAGCCAUCAGCUAUGAGGGUUCCAACCAGGAGGUGAUCGUGCUGAGCAAGCUGAACGCGGCCGACCUCAGCACCCAGAAGGAGACCACCUGGCGGACGGGGCUGAGGAAGAACUUCUAUGGGAACUGCUUUGUCAUCUGUGGGGUCCUGUACGCGGUCGACAGCUACAACAAGAGGAAUGCCAACAUCUCCUACGCCUUUGACACACACACCAACACGCAGAUCAUCCCCCGGCUGCUCUUCGAGAACGAGUACGCCUACACCACGCAGAUAGACUAUAACCCCAAGGACCGCCUGCUCUACGCCUGGGACAAUGGGCACCAGGUCACCUACCACGUCAUCUUUGCCUACUGAGACCCCCCCUGCCACAGUGGGGCACUGCAAGCCAGGGGCCACCAGCACCUUUUAUUAUUAUUUUUAUUGUUAUUAUUGUUAUUUUGUACAAAUCAAAGAGUAAAUGAUGAGGUGUUUUGUUUUUUUUUUUUUUUCAAGCUGUUGUUUUUAUGGUGGAUUGUAGAUCGAUCCCCAGGCCAGAGCCAUCCCCCUUUGUCUUUGCUGUAACCUUGCUUCUGUUUUUCCUUCCUGGGAGGAAGGUCCUUCCUUCAGGAUGGCAGACCUGGCUCUCCUGCCCAUGGAGGAGGAGGUGGCCCACACAUGGUCCUCCUGAUGAGGUUUUUCAGCUGAAGAUGAUGAGCAAGAGACCAAGAACCGGUGCAAAGCUGGCCUUUCUGCUUCCGGCAUCAGGUACCAGCCACAUGCUGAUGUCUGCCUGCCCUGGUGGAGGGGGUGAAUGUCCCAUGGGAAUGUCCUAUCUCUCAGGACCAUAUUCUCAGCCGAUGGCUGGCAGGCCCUUCAGAAAUCCUGCUGUGCAACAGGGCUGUGAGUGCAGCUCCAGCAGCACCUGGUGCUUAGCCAAGGACUGUCCCCUCUGGCUGGGACUCUGCCCUUUGCAACUGGCUCUGGGGUUGGGAGGGGCCGGGAGCACCCUGACCCCCCCCCCCCGAGUCACAUCCAGAGUGCACCAGUGGUGGGAGAGGGACACUGUAAAUAGGUGUAGAUGGCUUUUGUUUGUUCCUUUUGUAACCUAGAAUAGGUCCCGUUGGCACUUGCAGGGUGAAGGCUCUGUUUGCCUGGCGCUGGGCUGCCUAGGCGGGAGCAGGGGGGCUGGGGGACCAGUGGGGCUGGGGGAGCCUCGUGGCUGGGGGAGCCCUCACUCCCCAUCCUGCUGCCACUCCACUUCCCACAGGAUCUCAGCCCCUGUGCCUUCCACUGCCAGCUGGCUCCCCUCCUGGCUCCUGGCCACUGGGAGCCCAUCAUGGAGGCAUCACAGCCCCGGCCCCGCCAGCAUCUUGUAUUUACCUGCUGUUAAUAAUAAAAGAUCAAGUAGCUUCCCA